CAUGAUCCAACUCAAAGUAAACCGCCCCCACCCCAUCCCACAUGACCCCCUCUAACGCAACCCAGGACCUUCCCCCUCCCCCACCAUAUUCAGAAACGCAACCUUCCUCCUACUCAGAUACGCCCUAUGAUGAAGAAGCUGCCUUUGAGUCAGCCGAACCCCGAGGGUUAGAAUUUGAUCCACGCAAUACGAUCCGCCCCGACGGCACCCAGCGUUGGUGGUCACGCAACGUCAAGCGCCGACUCUUUUACUUGUUCUGUGUGGUCUUGGUGAUAGCGGCGACGCCAUAUUUGGUUUUUGCUAUUUUGGUGAGCCAGUGGAGGUUCUAGUUCCUGGAAUUGUAUCUUUUUGGUGUUGUCAAAGCCCGGGAGGUGCUGGGCGGGGAUUUGGGAGAGCUGUGAUACAUUCCCGGCUUAUAGUCGAC